AGUGUCUCUGUCAGACACAUUCACAUUUUCCUCUGUGAGAAGACGGCGCUGUUGAUUUCUGUCAUUCAUUAAUAUUCUGGAUAUUUUGUAGCAGAUUUCAUAAAAGCAGCCGCUGUAAUAAGGUCAUUUAAAGAAUCAAACAACCAACUUCCUGAUUAGAAGCUAAAGUCUACAACAACCAUGUUCCUGGCAGCAGCUGCAUGUGUGCUUCUGGGGUUCAUUCUCAACAUCUCAGGUGUUCAGGGAAAACAAAUCAUCAUCUGUGCUUUGAAAGGUUCAUCAGUGAAUCUGACCUGCUCAGCUGAACAUCCAACUUCAGGUUUGGAAUGGCACACCAUAAGCUUGGAUUUCUCCAGGAUUGAAGUAUCUGCAGAUGGAAAUCAUUCAAAGUACAGCAUCUCAGAAGAGAAUAACUUCACUCUAACAAUCAACAAUCUAUCGGACAGUGAUACAAAGCUUUACUGCUGUGGAAAACCUGCUGGCCAAUCAGUCAGCUGUCAGACAGAUCUGACAAUUCCUCUCAAAGUUACAGACCUGCAGGUGAAGGUGUUUCCCUCCACAGAGGGACAGACAGUAACUCUGAUGUGCAGCACCAGCUGUCCUCUGACUGAAAACCCUGCAGCCUACAUCUGGUACAAGAACGGAGCUCUUCUCUAUGAGGACUGGUCUCCCUGGUACCAAGAGCUGCUCAGCGGUGAUGAAGCAGUCAGAUACUCCUGUGCUGUCAAAGGCUACGAGGUUCUCAGAGCUCCUGAAGUCUCAGUGGAUUCUGUCACAUCUACCUGCUUCAGUGUGACCUAUGCUACAGGGAGGAUGUGUUCAUUUAAGAGUGAGCCCUGCUCCAUCACAUAUCCCAGAGAAAUUCAUGCUCAAGUGACUCCUGCAGAAAAAGAUCAUUUCAGACUGACCUGUAACACCAGCUGUCCUCUGACUUCAUUUACGUGGUAUAAGGACAGAAUAACAUACAGACAGAAGCAAAAACAACAGAUUCUACUUCCCAGUAGUACAGACAACGCCAGCUUCUCUUGUGCUGUAACAGGUUUUGAGGAUCUCCGCUCUGCUGAUGUCUGUGCUGAUGAUAACAGCUGCUGGAGUCUGAAUUGUGUGAAAAGAAGAAUUUGUGCUCUGGAGGGAUCUUCAGUCAACAUCUCACAUGAAUAUUCACAUUCUGAAGAUGAGGAGCCAAUGUCUACACUUUGGUUUAAAGCAGAGGGAAAUAAAAAGCAGAAAGAAUUGAAAGGGCAUAAUGUGAAAUAUAAUAAGAUAAAGAAGCAAAACAUCCUCAGAUUAGAAAACCUGAAGAAGAACGACUCAGCACAAUAUAAGUUCAUUAUUGAGACAUCCAACAAUGAACUGAAACACUGUGGUUUUCCUGAAGUUUCUCUGGUUGUCACAGGCCUGUCGGUGACCAUGACUCCUUCUGCAGAGGUGACAGAAGGUCAGAGAGUCACUCUGACCUGCAGCACCAGCUGUCCUCUGACUGACAACAACAACUACAUCUGGUACCUGAACGGUCGACCUCUGAGCCAAAACAAACACCUGGUUCUGGAUCCAGUCAGCCUUCAGGAUGCAGGAAACUAUUCCUGUGCUGUGAAAACCCACGAACACAUGACAUCAGCUGCAAAGAUGCUCACUGUCCAUAGUAUUAAAGGAAACUCUGGAGCAGUAGCUGUAGGAGUUGGUGCUGCUCUCGUGGUUCUGAUACUUCUCGCUGUCAUCUUGUGGAUUGGUUUUUGCAGAAAAAAGAAGACUUCCAGCCAAUCUCCUAAUGAGGAAACACUGGACAACUUGGAGCAGUCGCAGUAUGACCUUAAGUACAGUGAAAUCCUACCUCAGCCAGCAGAGGAGGAACACUACUACAGCAGAGUCCGCUUCUCUCAGGACCAGACAAAUCCUCUCUACUCCACCGUCCAGCCACAUCAGUCCCAGGAACAGGAGCUCACCCCCUACGACGUGGUCGAAAUUAGGCCCAACACCACCAAGUGAGGCACGCUGACCAGGCAGUGGACAACUAGACGUUGUACAACACGACAAAGAUGGCACGCUUGCCUGUGUGAUGUACAGAACCGGAAAAACGUCAUUAUCUCUGCAAUGUGCUCACAUUUAGGGUUCCCCUUCUGUUCUUCUCUAAUUCUAUCUGGCUGUAGAUAAGCAGUCAGACAUUUAGUGUCUUCACACCUCUGGAUCACACUCACUGUGCUGAUAAGGAUUCUCACCCUGUUUGAGGAAGUGACACCACCCCAUUUUACUCUUGCAACUUCAGAGCGACACUGCCACUUUCAACUAAUGUCACAACUUUCAACUAAUGUCACACAUUCAUGAGUGCUUCACACACUCAUUUCAUGUUGAGUAACAGGAAGCUUGCAAAGGACUAUUCCAUGUCUAUAAAAGUAGCAAAUACAGUAUGUUUUGUGUGUUUUCAGUGCACACAGGACAAUGUCUGAUUUGUUUCACAUUUCAUCACCAAGAUUGGUUCAUAACCAAUCAAGACACUCGGUUUGUCGUUUAACCCUUGUGUUGUCCUGUGGGUCAAACUGACCCGUUUUAAAGUUUGAAAACGUGGGGAAAAAAUAUAUUUUCACUGUGAAACUUCUGAUGUUCACAUUUUCAACAUUUUUGGGAAAUCUUUGAAUAAUUUUUGGUGUUCUUAAAGAAAAGUUUUACUGAUAUAUAUGCAAUCAUUUUAGAUAUUUUUAGGAUUUUUUGUAAGACUUUUACUCAGUUUUUGAAAAUAUUCACAAGAAUUUUCUUGCCACAUUUGGGGGAUUAAAAAAAAAACUUAAGGAAUUAUUGGACUUUUCUUCCUGAAGGUUUUGCAAAUUUUCAGAAAUUUUGGAUUUUUUUAUUUUUUUGCUGAAUUUUGGGAUUUUUUUUCCCAACAAGGAAACAGUAUUGUUUUGGUGCCCAUAAAUGAGGACAACAGGAAGGAUAAACUUCAAAAAUGUUGCCAAAGUACGAAAGCUACUUAUUUAGAUGUUUUUUUUUUCCAUGAAACAAAUCCCCUUCUGCCUUAAAAUGGCUAAGAUGUAAUUAUGCUCCUCUUCCAUCACUGCAGCUGGAGCACAUCAGCUCACACAGGACUCUUCUCAACCCGUUAAACCAUUAAGUAUGUAAUGAUGUGUGUUUGAAUGUUCUUAUUUGACUAUCAUUUAAAAUAUGCUUGUUUUUUUUUCUUCCUAAUUAAUAAAACAUA